AUGGACGUCAAUGCCAUGUGUUUCGUGGCAGGGACUUUGUUCGACGAGGCGAAUAUUGACGUUGUGGAGGAUGAGGCAUCGCUCGAACAUGAGGAUCGAAAUGACUAUGAAGUGGCACAGGCCAUCAAGCGCGAAGACUUGGAAGUUGAGGUCGACAUGGAAGAGCCGCAGGCAGAUUAUUUCCGGCAGGUUCCAAGACAAUCCAGCAACGCCGGGGUUCUCAGUCGAAAAGAACAGGUGCAAGCACCUCCGCCACCGCAAGCUAAUGGUGGUCCAAGGAGAUUCAAGUCCCCUCCGCCCCCAAUCUGA